UGUUUCGAUUAGUGUUGAGUUCAAAACAUAAACAUCAUGAAGUUUUUCAUCUUAAUCAGUGCCUUAUCAGCGGUGUCUAGUGCUUACCCAUAUAUUGACAAGUGGCAACAUCAGCCACCACUUCCUAAACGAUACAAAAGGGCCGACGUUUCAAUUACCAAUAAUUUGAAAUAUGGCAUCAGAGAUGGAGUACCCUACUUGGAUCACAAAGUAAAUCUUGCAAAUUCUGGUGGGCACAUCUUGGAUGCUCAUGCUCAUGUUUCAAAGAACUUUCAUGGAAAUGGUCCGCUUCAAACCGGAGGAAGUUUGAACUACGGUCAUCCAUCCGGAGGUGGAUUUGAAAUAAGCGGUUCAAAAAUCCCAGGGGGAGGUUCAAAUAUUGGUGCAGCUGGUGUAUACAAUCUUUACCGAAAUGGAGGAUUUGGAGUUGAUUUUAAAGGAGGAUAUAAUCAAAACUUUGGCGGACCUAGAGGAAAUGGUCCGCCCAUUGUUGAUGUAGAAAUUAAAGGAGGAUAUGCUUUUCCAUCGGGAAGAUAACUAUUUUUCAUUGUAAAAUCAUUAAUAAUUUCCAUUUGUCAUUGUAUAUUCAUUUAGAAAUGAAAUUUAUUUCAUAGAAGUUUCGUGGAAUUUGCCUCUAUUUUUUUAAUAUACUUUUUUUUAAAACAA